AUGAUACCGCCCACAGUAGUAGCAUCAUCAUCAUCCACUACCAAUAAAUCUCAAUGGAGACUAUCUAAAUUGUUAAAAGGAUCAUCAUCUUCUACUAAUCCACAAAUACCUUUAGCAAAGAAUUUACAAUCAACUGAUUCAAUUGAGGAUCAUAUACAUCCACAUACAACAGUCACAUCAUCAACAUCAUCAACAUCAUCACAAUCUCAGACAUUAAGUAAAUGCUACUGCUGUGGUACAAUUUUAAGCUUCCCAAGUAAAGCAAAGAAAUUUAGAUGCUCAAUAUGUCAUACAACAAAUUUAUUUGAAUUGGUACCCGAGACUCAUCAUUAUCAUCUAAUAUCCUAUCACUAUGUUAAAAGCCUUAUAGAUCAAUGUUACGCCAAAGCACAAACAGAAUCAGGUCAAAAACAAUCAUUACAUGAAUUAUUUGGUCCUCUUUCUAGCUAUUUAUAUAAUUCAUUCAAAAGUAAUCAUAUACUUAAUAACUCAUUCAAGAUUAAACAAUCAAGUAAAAGAAUUCAUUAUCAUACUUCCAAUAUAAAUUUCAAAGAAGUUCGUGAUUUAUUUAAUUUAUUGACGAAAUUACCAACAAAAAGACCAUUGUUUUCAGCCAUGAAGGGUGCUUCAGAACAAUUAAAAAGAUUAUAUGUAAAUAAUGAUUGUAAUGAUCCAAGGAAUUAUAGUUGGAUCUUAAUUCUACUUGAAAUACCCAUUUUAUCUCGUUCAUUAGUUGAUGAAGCCAUAAAAUCAAAUAUGAGUGAUGUUGUAGAAAUUAAAAUGUUAAGUUAUGAUGUUUUAAAAAGAUGUUUAGGUGUUUUAUCAUCAAUAGAUACAGUUAAUUCAAAUAAUUAUAUUUCGAGUUGGUUUUCAAAAUUAGAUUAUUUGGAAUUUAUUAAAAAAAUUGAUUUAAUUAAUCUUUAUAUUACCUUUCAAUUAAAGAAGUAUUUUUAUUUGGCAAAUAAUCCUCAUAUAAAAUUGACUCCACCACGUUCAUCACAAUCACAAGCACAGUCACAACCGGAGACCGUAGAUCAUCGUGAACCAAACGAUAUGGAAUAUCUUGAAAAUAUAAAUUUAAAACGAAGUAUCGAAGCUAGUAAUAAUCCUCAAGAUUCAAUCACAUCUCCAGGUCAAUUGUCUUUACCGGACAGCCAACAUUCAACCAAUCCCUUCCCAACCAAGUCAAAAUCCAAAAAGAAGCAUUCUCAAGAAACAAAAAUCAAAAUCCAUCAGUAUGGAAAUGAUUGGCAUAUUCGUUCGGCAUUAAUUGUUUUAUCCACCUUAUACAAAGCCAACUCGGUACGUGAAGAUCCUAUACCAACUUGGACAUUCUAUAAUUCCUUAGUGGAUUAUGUCAAUAUAAAACUUGAUUUCGAUUCUUGGCAAACAAGUACGAAAACCAAACGAACUAGUACUACCAAUGGGAAUAUUCAUCCUGAAAUCCUGACUAUUAUAGGAUAUAUCCAUGGUACAAGCAUGAAUAAAAAACUAUAUGAUGAUGCAUUAUAUUACUUUUGUCAAUAUCCAUUCUUGAUCUCAUUAGGAAGCAAAAUAUCCAUCCUAGAAUAUGAAGCUCGUCGACAAAUGGAACGUAAAGCAGAAGAAGCAUUCAUAAACUCCUUGGAUAAACGAGUCGCGAUUGAUGUUUAUUUCCGUAUCAGAAUCCGCCGUGAUCACAUCGUACAAGAUUCUUUACAUUGUAUAAAAACCAAUUCAUCAAAUUUGAAAAAAUCACUCAAGAUUCAUUUCAUUAAUGAACCAGGAAUAGAUGCUGGUGGAUUAAGAAAAGAAUGGUUUUUAUUAUUAACCAAAGAAAUCUUCCAUCCUCAAUCAGGAAUGGUUUAUAAUGUCGAAGAUUCAAAUUACUUAUGUUUAAUUGGAGGUGGAGAUGGUGAGAGGUUGCCGGUGGCGCAUACUUGUUUUAAUGAGUUGGGGGUUUAUAGUUAUGGGAAUAAGGUGAAGUUUGUUGAGAAGUUGCGGAAGGCGGUGGAUGAAGGGAGUGGGUUUGGGAUAAAGUGA